GUAUCUUCUCCUCUACCGACGCAUGCCACCCACGGUAGUGCACCGGUAUCCAUCCAUUCCAUACAUCAUCUAUCGACUAUUACAGAGAGCGACAACUGUCGCGAGGGGUAAAAGGCUCGCUCGCCAUGUGGAGACCAUUACUCGCUCGCUGGCACCGAACGAUGGGAGGAUAUUCCGUGCGGAGCGACUCGUGGCCGUGGGACACGCCGUGGCGCAGGGCCGCGUCGGCGCGUGGUAUCACCAAUACGAGUACGGACGGAACCGUCUCGUUGUGGAUGACCUCGUUCGCGACUUCUCUCGCCGCCGCCGCUGUCGUGGUAUUGGGUUACUGUAUUCCCCUACCCACGGUCACGACCUUGUUGGAAACUAAACAACAGCAUAAUUCACACUCGCACGACGAACACUCCAAACCCGUCGUGGCCUACCAGAUUCCCGUCUCCUUUCUCGACCGGCUGGCAUCCAAGUCCUACUUGCACUGGAUUGAUCCGGAUACCCAAUCGCAAUCCACAACGACGAACCGUGCGAGUGAGCAACGUCGCAGAGCUACGGGUGCCGAACCUAGCGCGUCGUCCAAACGACCCGUAGGCAUUCCAGCCACCUUGCGCCUGUUGACGGUGGACUUGCCCGAAGUACGCCACGGAUUUUCGGGAGGACCAUGCGGCGUAGCCACCGACCGGGUUUUCCCCGACGGCAUUGCGCCACCACGGCGGACAAGCUUUGUACCACCAUCCCCCGGAUCGGGGCCGUCGCGGUCGACCACAACCCACCCGGAACCUACAGGGACCCCUACAAAAGUCCAGUCCCCGUCAAUUCCACUCACAGUCGAGCAAAAAGCUUGGGUCACAUCCGUGUACGAAUGCGUUAACCCUGGUACCGGCAGAGUCGCCGUACAAGUCAUGGAAGCCAAUACCGCCUCGUUCAACAUUAACAACGUGCGGAAAACCAAACGAAUUGGCAACUUCGAGUACGACCCGACCGCGUACGGUCCCCAGCGAUUCGCCACGACGCUCGUAACGACUCCGUCCGAUGAACUCCAAGCUCCUUGGAAUCAAUACGCUUGGAAGGAAGAAGUCCGGUUGCGCGUUUCCGGCCAGGUACGGUUCGGCGAACCCUUACGGCAAGGUUCACGCUCGUGGUGGCAAAGGCUAGUGGCACACACUGGUAUUGGUGCCACCUCACGUAGCGUAUAUCAAGCUACGGUUCCACCUCAACCCGUGUCGUGGAGCGAACGUGGAUUGUCUCUGUUGGGACAACGUCCCGCGUACGACACUCUUGCUGGUCGGGAUGGAUGUGACCAUACCUGGGCCGGGAACCAACCCCACGCGGUGGUGGCCAACGGAGCCGCUCUACACCGCGUCCCUCACGCACUCAAAUAUCUGCAACAAACGUGUCGGGAACACAAUGUCCCGCUAUACGUCAUUCGCGAUCCCCGUGUAUGGGGUGCCAACACGAGUGUCCGUGAGACUGUGCACACGGACGGUACGAACGACGAGGACAACGACGACGUGGGGGCGGUCCUGCGGGAAGUUCGAAAAUACGUCAAAGGACAACUCGUUACUAAUUCGUUGCGACUGGCCGCCGGGACGGCGUUUGCCCGGGGUCGAUGGGUGGGACAAUCCGAGGCCCAUUGGCAACACCGAAUCGAAACGGUACAGCGACUGACGCAGGAGCGUCUGGAGCGGGCCCGCGAACAGCGACGCACACUGUUGGAUCGGGAUUGGAGUCAACUGGACGCGGUUGCACUGGAACGCAAGCUGGUGGAGAAGGGCGCCCUGUGUCCUACAAAUGUGGCAGGGACGAAGGAGUGCACGGAAACUAUCGCGACCGCGGGACUCCUGGACUUGGCAAAGCGACUGUCUCGCCAAAACGAGGAGGAUGCGGAUACAGUCCUCACCAACCAAGAUGUGGAUGAUGGUACCGAAUUGGCUGCUGGCAAUGACGAAGGUACAAAGGAUCAAACUGACACACAAACACAUAUUGAUACUUCCUCGUAUAGCAGUAUAGCACGAGCCCUCGUAUGUCCUAUCGCUAGCGAAGCGGUCGCCUGUGUCACGAUGAAGGAUUUUUCCAAAACUUUCUUUCCGGACUUGGAAAAAGUCCCCGAUUGUGACGAAAGUAGUUGCAGUGAAAGCAGUACGGAGGAUGACUCGGUGAAGCGUGAAAAGUACCGUACGAAGGAAGACCAGGAUGUGGCGGUAUUUAUGGCGCUUGCCGAGAGGCUGAGUCUCUCCAGUUUGUUGCAUCUUUUGCAGGGACAUGCUCGGACACACCUCGCCGGGGCCAGCCCGAUGUACCUGACGGCGUGUCAGAUUGCGUCUUCCACAUCGCAAUCGAAAGCAUCUGCUUCCAAAGCACUACACAAAAGAGAACAACCACAGCUUCCCAAAGUCGUCAAAAAGUUUCGUUUUGCAGAAAUAAGCAAUUCUCAGGUGCGUGCCGUUGUGCACGAGAUUCCUACCAUCAAGGAUGAGAAGCAACUCUGGUGGUCGGAAGAAGAAAUGCGCGCCAUUCGGGGCGAGGCUAUCAAAACGGUCAAGUAUUUUCGCAAAUUCCGUCCCGAGUUCACGGAAUCGAUCGAAAUUCUUGCCGAAUCGCAAGAAGGCUCUGCCGAUAAGGCAACGGUGGAAAUGCACAUGAAAAAGCUGACGAACGACUCGUACGCGCGAGGUUUUGAGACGCAUAUUGUGAAUUUAUUGAGCCGGCUGCGCAAGGAAACUGUCAAGGCAGUCCUGGCCGAACAAACAGAAUGCCGGCACUGUGAAGACUCGUACGAUGUCACCAUUGAAUGUUUGCGGGAACAAUCAAUCGCGUACAGUGGGCAGAGCCAAACCUUUGCGGCCAAAAUUGCCGAAUGUGAUCAGGUGGAAGCUCUCAAAGCGCAGCUGUCAACAUGGGUGCCCGAGCCACCAUCACACGGGGUAGAUUAGUGGAAAGGCGUCGUUAAAAAAUCGGGAACAGGAUGAACGCUUUGAACACAGGGAGCUGUGGCUACUUUCAUUGCCAAGACCGACUCGAAAAUCUUCAAACACAAAAGAAAAUUGCUAUACUGUAACAUUUAGUUUUCCCUCUU